UUGUAGGAAAUCCACUGCAGAAACAAUGGCUGUGAAAGAGGAAUGCUGGACCCGAGUCGUUGAAAAUCCUGUUAAGCUGAGAAACAAUGUGUUGGGUAUUCCAAGAGAUGUGAUUCGUGCAUGUAUAUCCGGGAAGAUUCCAAGAAUUGUCUUGAUUGAUCGCAACACUGGCGUUCCGUACUACUGCGAGAUGGUAAAGAGGGCAGGUACUAUAGAUAGGUAUAUAUUCGGUGGAUGGUCUGACUUUUGUAAAGAGCGCAACCUACAGAAGGGAGACACAUUGCGGUUCUCCAUUAAAUAUCCUCCGGUGGACUCGAUAUUGGUGACCGUAGAGCGUGAGUCAUGA